AUGGAGGUCUUGUUAUUAGAGACUGAAGACCCAGAUUGCUUCUGGGUUGCUAUGAAAGGAUGUGGACCUUGCAUAGUUCAUGAAGCAGAAUAUGAAAGCUUGCAUGCUGAAAUGAAUCUAUUCUAUGGCAAGUCUCAAGGUACAGAUGAAGUAAAACCAGUAGCAAUAGAAGAAGGCCAGGUUUGUGUGGUUUUCAGUGAGGACCUCAAAUGCUGGUGCAGAGCGGCUGUUAAGUCAAUCAUCUCCUGUACAGAUGAUUAUCAAACAAAAUGUUUCCUUGUGGAUUAUGCCAAAUACCUUUUUGUGAAAUCAAAGGACAUUCGACUUGUGCAGGAAGCCUUUAUUCAGAUCCCUUAUAGAGCAAAAAAGUGUAGGCUGUAUGGCGUGAAGCCUAUGACAUUGUGUAUCAGCUUUUAUGAAGAUACUGCAAAAAUGAGACCAGCCAACAGAUGGGAUAGUGCUGCUAUUGAAUGUUUUCAAAGCCUUCUCAAAGCAGCCACUGAAGUGAAAGUCCAGUUAUGUGCUGUAGAAGAUAGCACAUACCAUGUUUUUCUUUAUGUGACCAUAAAAGAUGAAAAGGUGUGCAUUAAUGAUCAUCUUGUCAUAAAUAACUUUGCUGCGUUUAAGGAAGCUAUGGAGGAGAAUACAAGGAGUUCUGCAGAUCAUCAGGAGAACCAAACAUCAUUAAAUGCUGACUGUAUUCCAGUGAAAAUUGUUCAUCCUGCGCUUGCUUUCAGGCCAGCGGUGUUACAGGAGAAGUUACCAACAAAUCCUGACAUAGAUCUUAUCUUUCUCGCAGAGACACGCCAAAGGUUAAGCACAGAUCUAAAUGGAAAUACUGCAUUUACUGUCGAAGCAAUUCCCGGGUUGCCUCUCAAGGAGGAUCCAGCGGUUCACGCAGAUGGGCUUCAUCAGCUCCUGAAUUCCGAUCCUCUGAAGACACACAGAACUGAAAAUUGCAAACAGAAUUUUCAAAAGCUCAGUGAAGAAAGGGACUUUGUAUUUCUAAGCAACAAAAUUGAGCCAGUGUCAGGUCUGGAAACAGCACCGCUUUUCGAUGGCCUGAGAAAGGAACUUACUCGGAAAAAAUUUGUAGGCCCUAACUUUACAGAAUCUUACUGCUGGCCACCAGCAGCCCGAGGAUGUGAUGUAGUUGCCAUCUCCUGGCAGGGAAAUGACCCUUUGAUCUAUAUUCCACCCCUCCUUACGUGUUUGCAGUCGGAGAGUUGCUACAAAGCCUUGCCGAAGAGGGAUGCUCCACUAGCACUCAUCUUAUGUCCUGGCUGGAAGAAGGCACAGCUUGUUUUUGAGCUGCUGAAAACAUACGGGACGUGCUCCAGACAGCUUCAUCCAAUGUUGGUAAUACUUGGGCAGAACAAGGAAGCUGGAAGUGUGAAAAUCCAAGGAUGUGAAGUCAUCGUGACCACACCAUACAGCCUCCUGAGACUGUUUGAACAUCAGGGGUUGUUAUUUUGUCAACUUUGCCAUCUAGUUCUUGACGAGAUUGAGGUGCUGUUCUCUGAUGCUGCUGAGCAGGUUUUUGCCAUAUUAGAUUGUUACAAGAAAGCCUUUGGUGCUGAGAAGCAGGAGUGCUCCCCACGGCAGAUCAUUGCUGUUGGAACUCGCUGGCAUAAACACAUCGCACCAUUAGCAGAGGAGUUCAUGGACGACCCUUACAUUGUGAUAACAACAGUGGAAGAAGCUUCCAUCUAUGGAAAUGUGCAACAGGUCGUGCAACCCUGCAUGAACAGUGAGAGAACUUCUGUGUUACUCAGAAUACUGGGGUGUACCCCCAGUGAUCUUCAGAAGGUACUGGUGUUCACGGAUUCUGUGAACGAAGCAGAAAUGGUUCAUGAGGCACUGAAGAGCAGCUCAGUAACUUCCUUGAAAAUACAUAAGGAGAGCAAAUUUCAUUUCAAGUAUAUAUUAGAGCAAUGGACAAAGAAGUAUAGCUCUGGCACUUGUACUGUGUUGGUUUUAACAGAUGAUUGCAUGCAGUCGUUGGGAAUUACAGAUGCAACUUGUGUGAUACAUUUCAGUUUGCCUUCCCCAAGAAUCCUUGGUCAGCGUCUACACAGCAUGUCUGACAACUUCUGUCCUGUGACAAAGGCUUGUGUAGCUCAGGAACAUACAGAGGCAAGGUCAGUAAUGCUACUGACGGAGAACAGUGGAUGUCACGCACUGGAGAUCCUGCAGUAUUUGCAGCGUGCAGGAGCUGAAAUGCCACCAGAACUGCACGGUUUUACUGCCAAGAUGCUAGAAGCUGAAGAAGAAAAGAAACUCUCAAGGCCACUGUGUGCCUAUCUUAAAACAUUUGGGAUUUGCAAGAAUAGAACAACGUGUCCAGAGCGUCAUCAGAUCAAUUUGCAGAUAGAUGUUGUCCAGAAUGUCUUGGAUGAUAAGAUCACCCAGCUGCCUGGAUAUGUGACAAUCCUGCCUCUCAAUGUUGUCAAUGCAACAAACUACUUUGGCCGAAUAGUAGACAAGGAAAAGGACCAAUAUACAAUUCUUGCUGAAGAAAUGAAGGAGUAUUUUGAGAAACCCAGUAAUAAAAUUCCUGCUACCACUGUGCAGAAGCUAGGGUUUUAUGGGUUGUGCGAGGAAGCAUUUUUCCACAGGGUUCAGGUAGUAGAGAUUCCCCCAAAAGAGGAGGAAAACUUGUUCUUCAGUGUCAAAAUUAAAUAUAUAGAUGAAGGCAGAACAAAUCAAGUUCAGAACUAUCAUCUGCUUCACUUACCGGAAAAGUUUCAGCAUCUGCCGCCUCAGGCUGUGGAAUUUGUGCUUUGUAGAGUGAAACCCAUUGAUAAUGAGCUUGAGUGGAACCCAAAGGUAACUCGUUAUAUUAAGCAGAAAAUUAAAGGAAAACUUCAUGAAGCAAAAGUAGUACACACCUUGGGAAAUACAGCCUGGGUUGACCCAAUGGUCCGAGUCACCAGGAUUCCUGCUUUGAAGGUAGCAAUCAAUGAAUACAAUGUUCGAGCUGAGAUCUUGUCUACGGGUCUGGGAGCUGACAAUCCAGAACAUGUAACACAGCUUCGGAAGUUGUGUGGCCGUGUGAAAGUAUUGGAUCAUGCGGAAGACUUGGAGCUGCUAGGCAUACAGGAAGGUACAAGUGGUCCAGGAAGUGCAUCCAGUCCACAGGAUGUAUCAAUAGAAGAAAAAUCCACUGAAAACUGUAAUCCUUCUGAAAUUACUGUUGGGAGUAAUCACUGUGGUGGUGUAGCUCAAACUAAGGAAGCAGAAGAGACAACUCUGCACCAGCAUAAAUGUUUGUAUCCAGAAAUGAAGUGGUUUCAGAAUGAAGAGACUGUUACAGUGAGGGUAAAAAUAGCAAGGGCAGCUGACUGUAAAUGUGAGUUCUCUAAAGAGAAGGUGGUUUUCAGUGCUCGCUCAGGAGACAAACUUUAUUUGGCUGACAUGGAGCUGCAGCAAUAUAUACUUGCAGAAAGGUCUGCCAGUGUGAUUAAGGAUGAAGAGGUGGUUAUUGUUCUCACAAAAGAGAAGAAAGGAGCGUGGUACAGAUUACUGAAGAACAAGAAUCAUCAUGUGUCCUUUGAUUUUGAACACUGGGAGGAAUUUGAAGAUGAAAGCCCUUUUCCAGUUGGUAAGACAGAACUGUACUGCUCUGCUACAGUACCUGAGGAGCUGACUGACUACUCGGAGGACAGUGGAACAGACGAUGAUGAGUAA